GUAAAUGGAAGAUUGCGCGUGGGUGGCUAUACUUCAGUGUUUUACGGUUAGGCGCAUCACACCAAUAUCAAAAAGACUAUGAAACGGCAGACCACGAACAGUACGCUAGGUGUCUGAAAUCAUUCGGCAGCUUGCCAUAAAUUAUGCACGGAAAGCAGGAUAUGCCUAUUCAUUUCACUAAGCAUGGGCUUGCGGGAAUUCUAAAAGACGAAGAAGAUUCUCUUAAAACAAAACGUGUUACUGUUAGAGAAUUUCCCUUUUUCGAUUCCACUUCCCUAGCCGAUUGGAGUUCGUUCCUCUUUAAGACGGCCGGCAGAAUGAUCAAUGAAGUAGGUGGGUCACACCGAGAUAAGAGUACUGGCAAGAAGCCCAUGAUGCACUGCAAGCCUGGGCUUUCUCACGAUCAGAAAUUGGAAAAUAGUAAUUGCCUUAGACAUCCGUAGUGCUUGGGUUGCACAGUACUCAGACGCUUGGUGACCACGAUGGUUAUAUUACGCGGAAAUGCUCUACGCAUAAUAAUGAAAACAUAAUGCGGAGGAACUUUGACCAUUCCACAUCUCAUAGGUUUCAUCUCAGCUUCAUACUUUGUUCAAUAACCAUCAAUAUUCCGUCGGAUAUGAAACUGAAUGGUUGAUUCUAUGGCUGGGAGUAAGCGCGAAGUCUAGCGGAUUUCAUUGCAGCUCGCUUCUCUCAACACUAUCAUGGUAAAAACCUUCCGCUCCUGAUCUACAAGAAAGGCGAAGGCAAGGGUUGACGGACCUCAUACAGAGGAAUCACCACCGACUAAACGCUGUGGGGGUAUGUUCGACUCGACGGAAGAGUCUGGAAAGCGGUUGAUGAUCAUCAUGGCGAGGUGGUGGAAAGCGGCGCCCCGUGACCGUGUGCUGGAGGCUGGCUUGUGGCUGGCGGUGCCUCUCUUGCUGUUGCUGGUGGGCGGCGUCCGGCAGGUGGAGGCGAGCGAGAGGGGCUCGGCCGCCGAGCAGCAGCGGCGGCAGCAGCAGCAUCAAGGGGAGGGAGAGGCGUCGGCCGCCGCGACCAACAACGACGGCGCCAACGCCUCGUCCAACCUGUGCCAGGGCUCGUACAAGUGCAACGAGGGCGUGAUCCUGCCGGUGUGGUACCCGCAGGACCCGUCGGUGGGCGACAAGGUGGCGCGGGCCAUCGUCUACUUCGUGGCGAUGAUCUACAUGUUCCUGGGCGUCUCCAUCAUCGCCGACCGCUUCAUGUCGUCGAUCGAGGUGAUCACCUCGCAGGAGCGGGAGAUCACGGUGAAGAAGCCGAACGGCGAGACCAGCACCACCACCGUGCGCCUGUGGAACGAGACCGUGUCCAACCUGACCCUGAUGGCGCUCGGCUCCUCGGCGCCAGAGAUCCUGCUGUCGGUGAUCGAGGUGUGCGGGCACGGCUUCCACGCCGGCGAGCUGGGGCCCAGCACCAUCGUGGGCAGCGCGGCCUUCAACACCUUCGUGAUCAUCGCCAUCUGCGUGUACGUGGUGCCCGACGGCGAGGUGCGCCGGAUCAAGCACCUGCGGGUGUUCUUCGUCACCGCCGCCUGGAGCAUCUUCGCCUACGCCUGGCUCUACCUGAUCCUGGCCGUCAUCUCGCCCGGCGUCGUCGACCUCUGGGAGAGCCUACUCACCUUCAUCUUCUUCCCGCUGUGCGUGGUCUUCGCCUGGGUGGCGGACCGCCGCCUCCUCUUCUACAAGUACAUGUACAAGAAGUACCGGGCGGGCAGGCACCGCGCCAUCAUCAUCGAGACCGAGGCCGAGCGGCCCGAGGCCGACCCCGCCGCCGCCGCCUCCUCCUCGGCCAAAGUGGACAUCGAGAUGGACGGCAAGAUGUUCAACUCGCUGCAGGAAGGCGCGGCCUCCACCUCGUCCUCGACGCCGCCGGCCUCGCCCCGGCCGUCCGCCGAGCCUGCCCUCGACGGAGCAGCCUCCGCCGGAGCCUCGGCGCUCUCCAAGGACCAGGAGGAGGAGUCGAGGCGGGAGAUGGCGCGCAUCCUGAAGGAGCUGAAGCAGAAGCACCCGGACAAGGAGAUGGAGCAGCUGAUCGAGCUCGCCAACUACCAGGUGCUGAGCCAGCAGGCCAAGAGCCGCGCCUUCUACCGCAUCCAGGCCACCCGCCUCAUGAUCGGCGCCGGCAACAUCCUCAAGCGCCACGCCGCCGACCAGGCUCGCAAGGCCGUCUCCAUGCAGGAGGUCAGGCCCGAGAUCGACGAGGGCCCCGUCAGCCGCGUCUACUUCGACCCGGGCAGCUACCAGUGCCUGGAGAACUGCGGCUCGGUGGCGCUGACCGUCGUCCGGCGGGGAGGGGACCUCACCCGCACCCUCACCGUCGACUACCGCACCGAGGACGGCACCGCCAACGCCGGCUCCGACUACGAGUUCACCGAGGGCAGCCUGGUCUUCAAGCCGGGCGAGACGCACAAGGAGAUCCUGGUGGGGAUUAUCGACGACGACAUCUUCGAGGAGGACGAGAACUUCUGCGUCCACCUCAGCAACCUGAGGGUGGGCGGCCCGGGGCCCGCGGCCGGGCCGCUGAGCGGGAACCAGCAGCCGGCCGCCGGCGCCCCUACCACGCCUGCGCCGGGGGCGGGCCCGCUUAGCGCGCAGGCGCCCUCGCCCAAACUCGGCGGCGGCGGCGGUGGUGACGUCAACGACGCCACCUCGGUCUCCAGCGCCAACACGUCGGCCGUCCCCGCCCCGCCCCCCGGCGCCACGGCUAACCACGUGGCGGGCGCGGCGCUGUCGUCCGUCGCCGAGGUCGCGUGCCUGUGCGCGCCGUCGACCGCCAACGUCACCAUCUUCGACGACGACCACGCGGGCAUCUUCACGUUCGAGGAGAAGGUGACGCACGUGAGCGAGAGCGUGGGCGUCAUGGAGGUGAAGGUGCUGCGCGCGUCGGGGGCGCGAGGCGCCGUCGUGGUGCCCUACCGCACGGUCGAGGGCAGCGCGCGCGGCGGCGGCGAGGACUUCGAGGACACGGCCGGCGAGCUCGAGUUCGACAACGACGAGAUUGUCAAGACAAUAGCAAUCAGAGUAAUUGAUGAUGAGGAGUAUGAAAAAAACAAGAACUUCUUCAUUGAGAUUGGGGAGCCACGCUUGGUGGAGAUGAGUGAGAAGAAAGCAUUGUUGUUGAAUGAGCUGGGACCCUUCACAAAGACAGCAAAAUACUUCAGUGGCCAUGCUCUCUACAGGAAGGUUCAUUUUAGGGACAAUCCGAUUCCAUCUACUGUGAUCUUCUUUGCAGGUGAUACUGAAGAUAAUCAGGCCAUUGCAAAUAAAAAUGAGGAAGAACGGCGGAUAGCAGACAUGGGCCGUCCUGUCCUUGGAGAAAAUACAAAGUUAGAAAUCAUAAUUGAAGAAUCCUAUGAAUUUAAGAAUACUGUGGACAAACUGAUAAAGAAGACAAACUUAGCCUUGGUUGUGGGGACGAACAGUUGGAGGGAUCAAUUUAUUGAAGCUGUCACUGUCAGUGCUGGAGAAGAUGACGACGACGAUGAAUGUGCUGAGGAGAAACUGCCUUCAUGCUUUGACUAUGUGAUGCACUUUCUGACUGUCUUCUGGAAAGUUCUAUUUGCUAUUGUACCUCCUACGGAGUACUGGAAUGGCUGGGCCUGCUUUGUAGUUUCCAUUUGUAUGAUUGGCAUCCUAACUGCAAUUAUUGGUGACUUGGCUUCCCAUUUUGGCUGUACCAUUGGACUGAAGGACUCUGUUACUGCAGUAGUGUUUGUUGCAUUGGGAACCUCUGUUCCAGAUACCUUUGCCAGUAAAGUAGCUGCAAUUCAAGACCAGUAUGCUGAUGCUUCUAUUGGUAAUGUGACUGGGAGCAAUGCUGUGAAUAUUUUCUUAGGAAUUGGGGUGGCCUGGACAGUUGCAGCAAUCUAUUGGAAUGCUCAGGGAAAGAAGUUUGAGGUGCUGCCUGGAAACCUGGCCUUUUCAGUCACUCUCUAUACUAUAUUUGCUUUCAUAAACUUUGGUGUGUUACUGUACCGAAGGAAGCCAGAGAUUGGUGGCGAGUUGGGUGGACCACGGACUGCCAAGAUUUUAACCUCAGUAAGUUUCACUUUGCUUUGGUUAAUGUACAUUCUUCUCUCAUCUCUGGAGGCCUAUUGCUACAUAAAGGGCUUCUAAUAGUGAACAGAACAUGAACAAAAUGGACGUUUAGUAUUUCACUCACCUGCUAAUGGAAUGCUAACUUCUGAGAGGAUUCCUUUUACUAGGUAGAAGUGGAUCUCGCAGUAUUCCAUCUGCAGGGGCAUCAUAACAGCAAAGGCUAUGAAUGUAGGGCUCAAUCUGCUACUGUACAGAUAAUUAUACCAAAUGGGAAAUAUUUUUUAUUGAUGAUAAAGAGCCGAAAGCAGUAUUUAUGGCACUUUUAACUGCAGUAGCAUGCCCUCCUCCAUUUAUGGAAUGAUGCCUCUGUACUAAUGUGACUGUAUGAGAUCAAAUUGCUUAACACACAAGAAAAAUGGCUCAUCCUGUUAUUUUGUUUUGUUUUGGAUCUGCGUGCCCUACACUUCAUUUAACAUAUUGUGUGCUGACAGCUCCUGAUUAAACUCUAGUGUUGUCAACA